AUGAAUGAGUCUGACUAUGCAUUCCUUUCAACUUGUUUGCCCGGAACAGACCUUGAUGAAACAAAUUGGGAGGGCCAGGAAGAGGAUUUUGGAAUGGUCGACAAUGGUCUUCUCAUGGAAGACCCUGCUGCAAUGGUGCCAGGCACGGAAACUGAAGAUAUAUCUUGCAUUGCUCCAUAUGCGACAAUGAAUUGA